AUGACUGUCUCUAUCCAUGCUCAUGAUGGCACGCAACCCCUCUUGGAGGUCGUUGAAGAAUAUGACUCUGACUCCUCGUUGCUGCUGGACGACCAUCCACUCCGGUCUCAUCCCACCGAAUGCCGCCCAGGACUCUGGACAAUGCUCCAGCAGUGUUAUGUCUCUGUUCGGGACCAAUGGGGCGAUCGCAUUUUCUCCUUCACCUGCCUUUUACUGAUGUUCGGAGUAAUGGUCCAAUUCCUCUCGCUACUACCCAAUGGGAUCUCCUAUAUCUUUUUUCGUGAGCACUAUUCGGCUCAGGCGGGGUUCGUUCAUUGGCCUGCAGAGUUCGAUGGCCAAUCCGCUGCUUGUAUUGCCUACAAUCCGCGCUCGCAUCCGGACGCCAUUCGAUACGCAAUUGCAGCCCGCUGUAAGGGAAUUAAAGCAGACAUCUGGCUCCAGGGCGAGGAGUUGUAUGUCGGUACCUCCAAUGCUACCUUGAGACCGCACCUCACCCUGCGCAAGACGUACCUCGAUCCGCUCUUGCAGCAUCUGGAGGCAAAAGAGUCUCUGGGAGGCUCUUCCCAGGCUGCCGCAACGGACCAGUUUGUUCUUUUCCUGGAGUUUAGAUCUCCAGUUCGAGCUGGCUGGCCUUAUCUUCUCACCGAACUUCAAAGCCUGAACGACAGAGGGUAUCUGGCCCAGCGCAAUGGCAGUCAAAUCACCUCAAAAGCUGUCAGAAUUGCUGUCGUGGGGGAUGACCAUGUCGAACAUGUUUACGAAGAGUAUCAGCAACAUCCCCUCAGCCCCAGUAUCUUUAUGGAUGGAGCGAACGUGUCGAAGGGACCAGACUCAGCGAGCAAACAUCCAGACACCAUGGCCCAACCGUACGAAGGCAGAGGAAGCCAGCCCCGGCCGUCCUGGAAAGAGUGGAAGAAUACCACCACUGCGAAAGCGGUACAACACACGAGACUGCCUUUGUUGAGCACGACAAUGCACUUUGGACACGAGGUUGGCACUCCGCACCGAGGACGAUUCUCUCGACAGCAGCUCGAUUUGGUCCGAGCUCAUAUAGAUGCAGCUCAUGCGCGCGGGCUCCAGGCGCGAUUUGAAGGGAUCCCAUGCGGUUCGCAGGGGAUGUCCCGCUUGAUCUGGAGGAUUUUGGUCAAGGCGGGCGCGGAUUUCAUCGAUGUGGAUUGGACGGGCUGUCCUCGCCAAAGAUGGCGACACUUCUUGACGAUCGGGUCGUCGUGA